GCUUCAUCAGAGUUGUCACUUCAGCUAGUCUUACUCUACAUCUUAGUUAUGUCUGGCCGCGGCAAGCAAGGAGGCAAGGCCCGCGCCAAGGCCAAGUCGCGGUCGUCCCGCGCCGGGCUGCAGUUCCCAGUGGGUCGCGUGCACCGGCUGCUGCGCAAGGGCAACUACGCGGAGCGCGUGGGCGCCGGCGCGCCGGUAUACAUGGCAGCGGUGCUGGAGUACCUGACCGCCGAGAUCCUGGAGCUGGCGGGCAACGCGGCCCGCGACAACAAGAAGACCCGCAUCAUCCCGCGCCACCUGCAGCUGGCCAUCCGCAACGACGAAGAACUCAACAAGCUGCUGGGCAAAGUGACGAUCGCGCAGGGCGGCGUCCUGCCCAACAUCCAGGCCGUGCUGCUGCCCAAGAAGACUGAGAGCCACAAGGCUAAGAGCAAGUGAAACUCACUAAUCCAAAAAAGGCUCUUUUUAGAGCCACCAAA